AUAUGUAAUGCAAGUAAAUAGCUCCAGCAGAUUGGAGGAGUGGACGGGAUGACUGACCAUGGAUGUUAAGGUAUUCUCUAUGCAGGUACUUGUAGCUACCUACCUUGAUCCUGCCAUGGCUGCUCCUGUGUCCUCCUGGCCUCUUUUCUCUAUCCACUAAACUCCAUGAUUUGAUCUUCCAACCAGAGAUGGAGGCUGCGACGGCCACCGCUUUUGUGGGUAGGAUCGCGCCGAAGCUCUUGGAGUUCUUAGCUGCAAAUCACAAGCUUCGACAGAACCUGGAGCACGACAUCACCUACAUCCAAAGAGAGUUUGCGUUAAUUUCUGCCGCCAUCCAGCAAGAUGAUGAGUGUCGCUGGAGGAGCGGCACCCUCGGCGACCAUGUGCAGAGGGCCUGGAUCCAAAUCAUACGUGACUUGGCGCAUGCCAUCGAGGACUGCAUCGACCGCUUCAUGCACCGGGUGACCAUCUCUGGGACGUCGACGUGGAUCCGUCAGGCUGUCUACCGGGUGCAGACGGUGACAGUACGGAAGGAGUUUGCCAAGGCGAUCCGUGAGCUCAAGAAAAUAUCACAAGAGUCAUCCAAGCUGAGAGAAACUUAUUACAACGCCAGUAUCGGUGCAGGCACCUUCCCGUCAGCAUCGUCGUCGGCAGUGGCAUCGGCACCUGAGACAACAACAGAGAUGGCCAUAGACGACACCGUUUCAGCUCGCAGCCCCGUGGGUAUGGACGCUCCCCGGGAUGAACUUCUGGAGCUGAUACAGCAGCAGCAGCAACAGCUUAAGGUGAUCUCUGUUGUUGGCUUUGAUGGCAUAGGCAAGACCCUCCUUGUCAGGCAUGUGUACCAGAGUAUGAUGAGCCAGUAUGAAGUAAGGGCUUGGGUUUGUGCAGCCAAUCAAAGGGGUGCAAGCGAUGUUGUCGAAGAGAUUCUUCGGCAACUUGGCAUCCCCACCACAUCCACCAAUGGUGGAGGUAACCUCAGCAAGUUCUGCCGAAUCCUCAGAUUGUGCCUUCAAACCAAGAGGUUCUUCAUCGUACUCGAUGACAUGAGGACAGAAUUUUGGCAUGAUAUUAAAGAUGCCUUUGUGGGGUUGAACGGCAGAGUUCUGGUGACAACGGCUAUUCAGUCAGUAGCAAAUGCCUGCAGCAGCUCAGCAGCCCAUGAUCAUGUGUAUGCAAUGAAAAGCCUUCCUGAUGGACACUCGAGGCAGUUGUUUUUCAAGGAAGCUUUCCAAGACGAUGAUCCGCCAAUCGGUAAAGAGGAUCAGCUUGGCUCGGAAGCACUGAAGAAGUGUGAUGGUUUACCCCUUGCUCUUGUUACUACAGCCCGGUACUUGCAAAGCACAGGUAAUCCGACGCGUGAAAACUGGGCAACAUUGUGCCACAACCUGGGAGCACACCUGGAAACGAAGGAGAUGUUAGCAAGAAUGAAGCGUGUACUUGUCCAAAGCUACACCAGCCUUGUUAAACACGAUGUCAAGACAUGCUUGCUAUGUCUAGGUAUCUACCCUAGUGGCCGUACAGUCAGGAGAGGAAGCUUGAUAAGGAAAUGGUGCGCUGAAGGGUUUAUCCCAGGAGAUUAUAUGUGUAAUGCUCUGGAUGCUGCUAUCGGCAAUUUCAAAGAGCUGCUCAACCGGAGCAUCAUCCAGCGUACAGAUGCCAGUAGCAAAAACAUCACAGAUCAGGUGAAGACAUACCAUACUCACGGCAUGAUGCUCGAGUUCAUCCUGCACAUGUCCAAGUGUGACAACUUCAUUACCUUGUUAUAUGAUCAGCUGGCCCCCCCACCCCCACCCAGUAAAAUCCGUUGGCUCUCCCUCCAUGAAGCAAGUGCCAGAGUGGCUAAUGAUCUAUCUCUUGUCCGAUCUCUGACAAUCUUCGGCAGGGCACAUGACUCUGUCUUGGAUUUCUCCAAAUAUGAACUGCUGCGGGUUUUGGAUCUAGAAGAAUGCGGUAACCACUUGGAGGACAAGCAUCUUAGGGAGAUAUGCAGCAACCUGUUAUUGCUCAGGUACCUAAGCCUUGGGGCCGCUAUUAAGGUUACGAUGCUCCCCAAAGAGAUUAAGAAGCUUCAACUUUUGGAGACGCUGGAUGUAAGAAGAACCAAGAUAGAGAUUCUGCCGACACAAGUUAUGGAGCUGCCAUGCCUGAUACAUCUGUUCGGAAAUUUCAAGCUCCAACAAGGUGUAGGAGGCCGGAGAAUGCACAAGCUACAGACUUGGCUCUCAGAGAAUAGCAAAUUGGAAACAGUAGCAGGAUUUGUUGUGGACAACAACAAGAGCCAAGGAUUUGCACAGCUCAUAGAGCAUAUGAAACACUUGACAAAAGUGAAAAUAUGGUGUCAGCAGUCCAGUAAUAAUAGUAAGGAUCCCCUUGCCAGUGGCGGCGGCAGCAGCAGCAACAACAACAACAACUGCACUCAUCUCUCCGAAAAAGGCCACUGCACUCAUCUCUCAAAGGCCAUCAAGGGGUUCAUCAAGAGAAGCACCGACGUGAAAAAAGGUCAUUCACUCUCACUGAAUUUCAGUGAUGAAUGGUUCCAAGACUUGCUUGUGAGCUUGUCCCUAGAAAAAGAAGAAGCUUCCUCCUGCUAUCUUAGCUCGCUCAAGCUACAAGGGGGCAACAUAUGCAGCCUGCCUCCGUUUGUUACCAUGCUGGGUGGUCUCACUAAGCUGUUCCUUUCAUCCCCUGGUCAGCUGAGUGGGGAUAUUCUUGCUGCCCUGAGCAGGGUGCGUUGCUUGGCGUACCUGAAGCUAAUUGCAUCUCAACUGGACAAACUCACCAUCGUACAAGGUGCACUUGGAAGCCUGCAAUGCCUAUGCAUCAUGGUGGAAGUCAUGACUGAGCUGGAAGUCCAGGAGGGAGCUCUGCCACUCCUCGAGUCACUCCGGCUGCUAUGUACAGAUCUAAAUGGCUUUUGCAGCAUGACAAUCCAGUCCCUACGACGUAUUAAGGAGGUCACCCUCCAUGAUGGAGUAAGUGAUGAAACAAAGCACGAGUGGAAAGAAGCAGCAAAGAAACACCCCAGACGUCCCAAGCUCUUGUUUGUUAAGACAGUUGAAGAUGUUGAUAUGGGAUGUGAACCUACAUACAAUUCUGAGAUAACAACACCCCACAAUGCCAUUUUUACCGGACAGUCUGUACAAGUUGAUGGUGAUGACCUGCAACAGGAUGAUGAUGAGAAAGAAGAUACAGAUAAAAUUAAUAUCCUAGCACUGCAGGAUUUUGCUAGCAAGACUUGUCUGGACCCUCCGAUGAACAAGGAAAGUUUUGAACAGGGGAUGGAAGGAAUGGUAGGUUUAGAGGAUGAGCGGAUGGAAGAUGUCACUCGGUCUACUGAUCAAAAUGAUGUACUUUUAGUGGUGGGUGAGAACAGAAGAAAGAGGGCAAGGUUGGACAUUGGUGAAGACAACUCAAUGGACAAGGUUGUUGAUAGGGUGAAGCGCAAGAACCCAGAGGAUGUCCAAGAAACGAGGCCUACAAAACAAACAGCGCCUGGAAUUGCGGUUGUUGUCUCUGAUGGAAACUGAGGUUUUGUAUGGAGUUUGCAAGCUUGGGUCAAUCUUGCUCUUGAGUCGAGACACGACUUACAUUUGCAUUGAGUGUCAGGUUGGCAUUUGUUUUUUAACUAAGUAGUCGUUGAUUCUGAUGCUUCAGGAGCUGGUCUGUCUUUUGAUCCCCUGCCAUAUUUUCAUGGUAAUGUUGAAUUCCCAUGUGCUGCAGCUUGCUACAAGGCUGUAUCAGACUGAUACGGCUACGGCGAAGACGGUUAAGUGUGUCCAUUAAGUUUCUACUUGUACGCAACAUAAGUUUACUGUCAUGCAUGUCAAUUUGGUGGCUUUCAGCUGUGACAGAGUUCACCAUGUAUGUUGUUGGAUAUAUAUUUGGUCCCAGUUAACUUUUGACAUCUGUUCCACAGAACCUUAUAACCAUCCUUCAUUCAGUUACAGACAUCUGUUCCUGAUUACGAAAUAAAUUUAUGAUUAUGCUGGUAUAUGAUUGUUUGCAUGAAACUAAUGCUAAAAAAGGAAGGGUUCAAGAGAAAACGGCUU